UUUGGCCAUCCGAGGAACUGGCACGCUUUCACGUCCCUGCUAGAACACGAUGAUAUUUGCAUAAUGAAGGAUCCCAAUUUAACCACGGAACAGAAAACCACUAUGGAGCCCCAAGAAGCGAGCGGUCACGCCGAACCCCGAAAGAACACCACUAAAUCUGUCCGCGUAGCCUUCGGUCCGGACCUGGAAACGCAUAUCCCUCCACGCGAUAAGUCCCCCGCGCCUGGACCAGGGCACCACAGAUCGUUUACUACCGUGGAGCGGAGGCACCCCCUUGUAAUCACUCCUGACAGACCGACGAGUUCGGCAGGUGAAGGCCCAGCUGUCAUAGAAGAUAGCACUCGGUUGAUAUCUGAUCGGGCAUCGGAUUCGGCACGGCCGUCGCCUUUGAAACGGGCUAAAAGUGACUAUGGACCAAGACUGGGGCUUGACAAGUCUGCUGCUGGAGAGGACGAAGAGGAUUUUGCCAUGCGCCAUGGAUGGCAGGAAGAGUACACUUCGAGCGAAUACCUCAAGAUCCUACACUCGAAUUUCUACAUGUAUUUCACGGAAAAACGCCAUGAGACAAACGGCAUGCCGAGAGAUCCCGUGGGAAGCUGGCCCAGCCAGGACUGGCGUAUGAAGGACCGCCUGAAAACCGUUUCUGCUGCCUUGGCCAUAUGCUUGAACAUUGGGGUUGAUCCCCCGGACGUGGUCAAGACAAACCCUACAGCUAAGCUCGAAUGUUGGGUUGACCCAACAUCCACUACUGGUGGCGGGCAGACCAAGAUAAUGGAGCAGAUUGGAAAAAAGCUACAGGAACAAUAUGAAACACUUAGCUUAAGAACUAGGUACAAGCAAUAUCUCGACCCAUCCGUUGACGAGACGAAAAAGUUUUGCAUAUCACUACGUCGUAACGCCAAAGACGAGCGAGUUCUUUUCCAUUAUAACGGUCAUGGUGUCCCUUUACCCACCCAGUCUGGCGAAAUAUGGGUCUUCAACAAAAAUUAUACUCAAUACAUCCCGGUGUCCUUGUAUGAUUUGCAGUCCUGGCUUGCAGGCCCCAGCCUUUUCGUUUUCGACGUAUCGCAUGCUGGGAAUAUUGUCCAGAAUUUCCACACGUUUGUUGAGAAACAUGAAAAAGAGAACAUCGAAGCAAAGAAGCGGGAUCCUAAUGUGAUCACCCAAAACUAUGGGGAUUGCAUCAUUCUGGCCGCGUGCCAGAAGAGCGAGUCGCUUCCAACCAACCCCGACCUCCCCGCAGAUCUUUUCACUUGUUGUUUGACGACGCCCAUUGAGAUCGCCCUGAGAUACUUCAUCCUCCAGAACCCUCUGCAGAGUAACAUCUCCAUUGAUGAUUUCCGAGUCCCGGGUCGCUUGCAGGACCGCAGGAGCCCUCUUGGAGAAUUAAACUGGAUUUUCACUGCUAUUACUGACACCAUCGCGUGGAAUACCUUGCCACGAGCUCUCUUUAAGAAGCUGUUCCGUCAAGAUUUAAUGGUAGCGGCCCUCUUUAGAAAUUUCCUACUUAGCGAACGGAUAAUGCGCACAUAUAAGUGUCACCCAAUAUCGUCGCCUGAACUUCCAGAGACGCAUCAUCAUCCUCUGUGGAAAAGCUGGGAUCUAGCAGUUGAAAUGGUUCUGGCUCAGCUUCCUGCGCUCAUUGAUCAUGAAGAAGGCCGUAGACAAUAUGAAUAUCAGCACUCGACCUUUUUCGCUGAGCAGCUUACUGCCUUUGAGGUGUACUUGUCAUCUGGACCGACGGAGAAAAACCCGCCGGAUCAGCUACCUAUUGUCCUGCAAGUCCUUUUGAGUCAGGCUCACCGGUUGAGAGCCUUGAUCUUACUCAGUAAAUUCCUGGAUUUGGGACCCUGGGCCGUCCAUCUGGCUUUGAGCAUAGGUAUCUUCCCUUACGUCGUCAAGCUCCUCCAGUCAGCAGCCCAGGAGCUGAAGCCUGUUAUGGUUUUCAUAUGGGCAAGGAUCAUGGCGGUCGACCAUACAGUCCAGAAUGAUUUGCUAAAGGACAACGGAAUUCACUAUUUCAUCUCGAUUCUCAACCCGUCAUCACCCAUACCUGUCGGAAAUGCUAGUGAACAUCGGGCCAUGUGUGCUUUCAUAGUGUCGAUAUUUUGCAAGAAUUAUCCCCAGGGCCAGAAUGUGUGCCUUUCCGCAGAACUUUUUGACUCUUGCUUGAGGCAUCUGAUGGAUGUUGAAAAUCCUUUGCUGCGCCAAUGGUCAUGUCUUUGCAUUAGCAUGCUUUGGUCUGAUUUCCCUGAGGCAAAGUGGAUGGGAAUUCGAUGCGCGGCACCUGCAAGACUCUGCGAGCUCAAUUUUGAUCCUGUUCCGGAGGUCCGAGCCGCAAUGUUGCAUGCCGUGACAACAUUUUUGGGUAUUCCCGAUCUCACAGAUCAAGUGGCCCAGAUCGAAGAAUCAUUGGCCAUGGCCGUGUUACCAAUGGCAUCCGAUGGUAGUGUACUUGUUCGAAAAGAACUUCUGGUGUUCUUCUCGACUUUCGUGAGACGCUAUCAAAACAAAUUCCUAGUUGCCGCAUACGAAGAGCUACAGGAUGAGAAGCAGAGCCUUCUCUCCAAAGUUGAGCAACUGACACCUAAAGGUCAUUCCACGGAGGAUGCACCGAAUGGUUCCGCAAAUGGCCCGCUUUCGAGCUACAAGACACAAAAAUUGUCUCGUAAUUCUACUUUUGGCACUAUUUGGAAACAGCUCCUUAUCCUUUCUGUUGACCCGCAUCCUGACAUCGCACAGGAUGCAGCUAUAAUCGUUGAUCACAUUCAUUUGUCCCUUGUGCAAUCCCCCAUGGCAUCGCUAACUGAGAAAAUUCGACAAGAAAUAAUGGACCUCUCAAAUCGAGUGGCCCAGAAGACGCAAGUCCGGGAACGACUAGAGUCGAAGAAGACGGCACCACCACCGACUCCUCCGUCGGUUGCUCCGCCAAAGCAGGAGGGCUAUCUUUCGCUGAGUUUGAAGCGGACUGCUAGUGUCGCGGCAGUCGCAUGCCAUAACGCCACGAGGACGAGCCCCCCGGAAUGGACCCGGCCCCCCGAAGUUAACGACCAAGUUGCCCCUGCGACAGCCUACCACCAAGCUCCAACUCCAACAUCCCGCGGUUUCGAACCCAAGGCCCCAUCAAUCCCCCCUACCGUCCCUUUGAUGAGCAGUCCUAGAUUGUUUCUCACCCUUAUUCAGUAUUUCCGGGAGCCCCAGAUGAAACCCAAUGAGCCCGAUGAACCCGGUAGCGCGGACUACAACGAACGCCUCUGGAGACGAAGCCGCAACGAAAAGAUUAUCACAGAGACGCAGCCCCUGAAGAGUAAAGCCGGCAGUAGCCGAUGGGAUAAUUCCAUCGCCCUUCUUUCUAACAGCAGUCAGCCCCUGAAGAUGUGCUUUCAUCAGUUCGAGGAUCAUAUCGCCGUUGCGGAUGACAAAGAUACUAUUGCGAUCUGGGACUGGCAAAGCCACAAACGUCUCAAUCGGUUCUCUAACGGAAAUCCACCAGGGUCAAAGAUCAACGAAGUCCGUUACAUUAAUGAAGAUGAUCAGGCACUUCUGAUGACAGGUUCUUCUGAUGGAGUUUUGAAGGUGUUCAGGAAUUACGAGUCCACAAGUGAUGUCGAGAUCGUGACAGCUUUCAGAGCUCUGCCAGAGCUUAUUCCUAGUAACCGAAACGCUGGGCUUGUUCUCGACUGGCAACAAGGCCAGGGUAAAGCGCUAGUCGCAGGAGAUGUGAAAGUCAUACGAGUAUGGAAUGCUGCGACUGAAGUUUGCACCAAUGACAUUCCUGCUCGCUCAGGAUCAUGCAUCACUUCUCUGACUUCCGAUCAAGUUGCGGGUAAUAUCUUCGUAGCUGGCUUCGGUGACGGGGCAGUCAGAGUAUUCGAUCAACGUAUCAAGCCCACGACUUCUAUGGUUAAAGUAUGGCGCGAGCACAAACAGUGGAUUACCAAUGUCCACAUGCAACGGGGUGGUUUGAGAGAGCUGGUGUCUGGUAGUCGGAACGGUGAGAUCCGACUUUGGGACCUUCGGAUGGAUAAUCCAAUCUCGACGCUGUAUGCCACUAAAGAUACCUUACGAACGUUGAGCGUUCAUGAACACGCUCCAGUCUUCAUGGUCGGCACCAACCGCCAUGAAGUCAAGACAUUCAACGUUGACGGCAGCUAUCUGUCGACAUUCGAGCCUUACUCGAGUUUCCUCCACCAUAACCGCUCUUCUCCGAUCGCAAGCACCGCAUUCCAUCCUCACCGCACUGUUCUCGCCUGCGCUGCUCUUAAUGAUAACCACAUCAAUCUGGUUUCCUGCUAGGUCUGACCUGACCUAUUCUUACAACUAAUUUUGUUUCAUUUCCUGGUGAUCUAUAUCUUAUCCCUUUCUUAAUCUGCUAUAUCUCAACAGACAUACUAUACAGCAGAGACGGCGCUUUCGGUCAUGAUGGUUUCACUCCAGGUUUCUUUCUUACACUCGGCACGGUUGUCUGAUGACCCUUCUGAUUUAUGGCGUAAGACGGAAGUUUGCAACUUAGCAAUCUGGCGCUAGGGCUAAUGUUUUCUUGUAUUAUUGUUUUAAUCCUUUUGCUAUCUUGUUUGCCUUCUUGUCUCCAGUUUAAUCUGCUAUGAUCGUAUGUAUAUGGAUGGAACCUAAACAAUAGCGAACAUGCAGAAAGCAUAGCUUAAUUCCACUAGG